AUGUGGCGUUGUUACAAAAACAAUUGUGCUGGUCGGGUAUGUUUUGAUGGUACACAAUAUGUUAAAGUAACAGAUCAUAUACACGCACCAACUCCGGAAGAAAUAAUUUCAAUACAAUUUAAAUCAAAGAUCGCUGAUAUUGCAGUAACAUCGCACUAUCCACCUCGACGUGUUAUAAACGAAGCACUAUUAACUAUUAGUAAAGAUGAUGGAGCAGCUGUUCCAAACUAUACUUCAUCACAACGUACUAUUGAACGAAAACGAAAAAAAAAAGACAUACCAUUACCAAGACCGAAAUCAUUUAAUGAAAUACGUAUUUCCGAUGAACUUAAAGCAACAAAUGGUGGUAGUCGAUUCCUAUUAUACGAUAACGAAGAUAGUGUUCAUAGAAUUAUUAUUUUAUCAUCUGAUGAUGAUCUUGAUCGUUUAUCGAAUUCUGAACAUUGGCAUAGUGAUGGUACAUUUAAGAUCGCACCUCAACUUUUUGAACAAUUAUAUGUAAUACAUGGCUUUAUUUGUGGUCGGGCUCUACCAUUGGUUUAUUGUAUGUUGUCAGGAAAAUCUGAAGCUUUAUAUGAUGAAAUAUUUAAUGUGAUUUUACAACAUGUAUCUGGACGUCCAAAAUCAAUUACUAUUGACUUUGAGAAAGCUGUAGAAAAUGUGAUCAAGAAUAAACUACCAAUGACAUCAAUUAGUGGUUGUUUCUUCCACUUCAAGCAAUGUUUGUGGAGGAAGAUACAAAAUCUUGGAUUACAAGAAUUGUUCGUUGAUAAUUCGGAAGCACGUCGAUAUUUAAAAACUUUUGGUUGUUUGUCGUUGAUUCCUGAAGCAUCUGUAAUACUUGAAUUUGAAAGAAUUCAAAUUUCUGCUCCAGAUUCAAUAGCUAAUUUCGUUGAUUACUUCGAAGAUACGUUUAUUGGUCGUUUGAUUCGUAAUAAUCGUCGUCGUGCUGCUCGUUUUUCAAUUAAUAUGUGGAAUUGUUUCUCACGAUUAGCUGAAGACCUACCACGUACAAAUAAUUCAUCAGAGGGAUGGAAUCGAGCUAUUAAAAAUUCAGCACGAGAAAAUCCAUCAAUCUAUGAAUCUAUUAUAGAUUUGAAGAUGGAACAACAUGCAAACCUUAUAACUGCUGAACAAUUGCAAGCUGGACGUGUAAAAAUAAGAAAACGUGUUAAAUAUGAAUAUCUUGAUGAACAAUUACAACAGUUAGCUUCAACUUUUCAUUUAAUCACAAGAGAUUUGUAUUUUAAACGAGCUAGAGCUCUAUUUAAUUUUUGA